AUGGAAAACACCAAGAUCGUUAAGGGAGCUGGUGGAGCCGUUCUGCGCCGCUCUGGUCAGAUCCUGGAGAGGUGGCGAGAGUACUACAAUCACUUGUGUAACGAAGAGUUCUGUCAUCCUCCCAUCCCAACCGUUCCCAGUGUCGAGGGUCCUGUUCUACCAAUUACUGCCGUCGAAGUCAGUGCUGCCCUCGCAAAAAUGAAGUCGAACAAGGCAACCGGUCCUGAUGACAUACCUGCUGAUGUCUGGAAGCUGCUAGGAGAUCGAGGGUCCAUGUGGCUCGCAACUCUAUUUAACAAGAUCGUUGCAGAAGGACGGACUCCAGACGUUUGGCAAACUUCCGUGACCGUGCCUGUCUGGAAAGGGAAAGGAGACAUUGCUGACUGCACCUCGUACAGGCCUAUACGACUGCUCUGCCAUACGAUGAAGCACUAUAGAUGCUAUCCAUGCUGUCCGAAUCCUCCUGGAGAAACAUCGAGAGAGAACCGCAGUGUGCAUCUUGUUUUUCUCGAUCUCGAGAAAGCUUUCGACCGUGUCCCACAUGAGCUGUUAUGGAUGUCCAUGAGGUCGCAUAGAGUACCAGAAGAAUAUGUGCGGUGGACGAAGCUACUUUAUGCGAAGCCUACCAGCGUUGUACGAUGUGCUGUUGGAACAAGCAGGCCAUUCCCUGUACAAGUAGGGGUUCAUCAGGGUUCAUCCCUCUCACCUCUGCUGUUCAUACUGUGCAUGGACACGAUAACGAAGGAAAUCCAGAAGCAGCAUCCGUGGACUCUACUCUUUGCCGACGAUGUCAUGCUCGCGGCGGAGUCUCGAGAUGAUCUUCAGAAACAAGCACCGUCUUGGAAGGAUCGGCUGCAGCAACAUGGAUUGCACCUCAACACAUCAAAAACUGAGUACAUGGAGUGCGGACCAAGGAUAGAGGAUGGUUCAAUUCGUGUUGAUGGCACCGAAUUAAACAAGGUGAACUGCUUCAAGUACCUUGGAUCCAAAGUGACUUCCACAGGCGACAUUGAUCAAGAAGGUCGAGCACGUUUUAAUGCUGCAUGGAUGAAGUGGAAAAUGGCAACAGGGGUACUGUGCGACAAGAAAGUCCCUGUUCGACUGAAGUCGAAGAUCUACAGGACGGUUGUGCGUCCUGUUGCCCUUUACGGAUGCGAGUGCUGGCCGACGACGAAAGCCUUGGAAAGAGUGCUGCACGCUAUGGAGAUGCGGAUGUUAAGCUGGACAAUAGGUGUAACGCUAAAAGAGAAAGUAUCCAACGACACUGUGCGCUCCAUCUUCGGCGUCGUCCCGAUAACUGAGAAGAUGAAGGAGGCCCGACUGAGAUGGUUCGGUCACGUCUUGCGGCGAGAGGAAGAUUCUGUGGCCCAAACCGCACUGAAGCUCGACGUUUCAGGAGUGAGGCCGCGUGGGAGGCCGAAGAUUCGCUGGUUAGACCGUGUGAAGCUGUAUAUGACAGAUGUGCGUUUGUGUACGGCUGAUGCAAUGGAUAGAACCAAAUGGAAGACAAGAAGCAGAAAAGCGGACCCUGCAACAAUGCGGGACAAACGCUGGGAAGAAGAAGAAGAAGAUGUCACGUUAUUUUAUGCUAAAACACCACUCUUUGAUAACCGUUUAUAG